CCCCCCCCCCCCCUCCUCCUCCUGCGCUUUAGGGAGACGCCGCCGCGCCGCCACCACCCGCUAUGGCGCUCCUCGCCGCCGUCCGCCGCCUUCCUCGGGCCGUCCGGCUCCUAAAGCCUCACCACCUCAGCACCACUUCUUCCUCCACCUUCUUCGGCGACUCCGAGGGCCCUGCGCCCGCCUGGGAGCCGCGGUCCCCCGUCCGCUCCCCGCCGGACGAUCAGUUCGCGGCGUGGGUCACGCGGCUGCGCCCGGGCUUCACCGCGUGCGACCUGGCCGACGCCAUCAACUCCGAGCAGGACCCGGACCUCGCGCUCGCGCUCUUCCGCUGGGCGGCGCUCCGCCCGGGCUUCCGCCACGGCCCCGCCUCCUACAUCGCCGCCCUCAACGCCGCCUCCUCCGGCAAGCGCCCCGUCGCCGCCGAGAACCUCAUCCACGACGUGCUCGCGGGGGCCUGCGCCCCCGACCUCCAGCUCUUCAACGCCUGCCUCCGCUUCUGCUGCGACCGCCGCAGCCUCUUCCCCAUCGCCUUCGACAUGUUCAACAAGAUGCGCGCCCUCCCGGCCAACGCCGGCUGCCGCCCCAACGUCGAGACCUUCACGCUGCUCCUCAGCACCGUCGUCCGCCGCGUGCGCCGCCCGCCCGCGUCGCUGGUCUACCUCCACGCCGUCAGAUCCCUCUCCCGCCAGAUGAAGGCCACGGGCGUGGUCCCGGACACCUACCUGCUCAACCUCAUCAUCAAGGCGUAUGGGCGCUGCCUUGAGGUGGACGACGCCCUCAAGGUGUUCCGGGAAAUGCCCCUCUACGGCUGCGAGCCGAACGAGUUCACCUACGGCUACAUCGUCAAGGCCAUGUUCCAGAAGGGCAGGACCGACAACGGGUUGGUGUAUCUCAAGACGAUGAGGGAGAAGGGGUUCGUGCCGAGCGGCGGCGUGUACAUGUCGGCGGUGGCCGCGCUAGCACUGGAAUGGAGGUUCGAGGAAUCGAGAGAGGUGCUUUUGGAUAUGCUGGACAGCAAGCGGAAGCCAGAUAUGAUCACUUACAGGACGCUGCUCGAGGAGCUGUGCCGAGCUACGCGGACAGAGGAUGCGUUCCAGUUGCUGGAGGAGCUGAAAGAGCGGAAGCGAGGAGCAUUGGACCAGAGGAUGUACUCGGAAUUGCUCGAUGGGCUGCACUGGAUUUCUCAGCCACAACAGAAUAAUAGUCUUCCUCGCUGUGACAGGGGCUCUGCCUCUGAUGAUAGGGGAUCUCAUGACUGAAAUACUUUGAUGAAAAUUGCAUGUCUUGGUGCUAUCGAGUGGCGAAUCACAGUCAUAGAAGCUCUAAUUCAUGAAAGAAUGUACUUCUGCUUGAUAGAUUCAAUAUGUUUUGAUGCAGAAAUGCGGAAGAGCAUAAGGAGGAACUGCCUUGACCUGGUUGACUCAAACUUAUGCACAAUUACGGCUUUUGUCAUGAUUGAUGCAAUACCCACGGGGUAGAGAAGAUACACAAAAUGUCUUUGUUGGAGAUGUGGGAUCAGAAAAAAAUAUUGCUUGUUGCUGGCAGCAACGGUCGCUGGACUUGCUUGACAAUAGCAAUUUCCGAAGUAAAUCACGUGUGGCAUCUAGAAAAGGAUUUCGGGUGUACAACAUCAUUCAACUCUCUGGGUAAGAAACUACCCAGAGAGUGUGGCUGGAGACAGUUUAACAUGAUUUAUUGUUAUGAAAUGAACAGUAGGCUGGAAGCUAUUGCAACCUUCACCAUGUGUCCAGCACUGGAACCAACAAAAAUUGGUCGAUUAUAUCGGUAGUAACAAAUGGAUUGAGUUUUGAUCCUUUGCCAAUCGUAGCAAGUCAGACACGAAAUCCUGCAUAUUGCUAUCCUGGUGUGUGGUAUCAUUUUUUGUUCUUUGAGGGGAUGUAGUAUCAGAUCUCGGUGUUGGUUCAGUUCUCUGUUGCAGGGUUGCUCAUUUGUAGCUCAAGUUCAAGGGGCAUCAUGCUUUCUCGCAAGCUCCCGUGGAACCUGGCGACGGGACGGGUCUAACUUUGCAACCCUGGUCUAAAAUCUGCAAGUUGCAACUGGCACAGCGGCACGAGUAUGGAAAUAUGUACCCGGAAAAGUCUAGUCCAAAUAUCAUGACACGAGUCAGCGCACGCGCGGUCGGUCGCUGGUGGAGGAGUUUAUACCCUUCCGUUCCACCGAAUGGACAGAAGCAAGGAGUGCUCCAUCAGUCCUUUCCUCGUCCCACCCCCGCUUCCGCUUCCGCUUCCGCUUCCGGCGACCGCGUGCUGCACCGGGGACAGCGGCACCCACCGGACCGGAGGAGGAGAUGGAGACGGCGCCGGGUUCGCGCUGCCGCCGGUGCCUGGAGACCCUGUGCGCCGUCCUCCUCCCGCCGCUCGGCGUCUACCUCCGCCACGGCUUCUGCUCCAUGCGGUUCUUGAUCAGCGUGCUGCGCACCAUCAUCGGCUACUACUUUUGCCUUCUCUUCGUUAUUCAAGCCCCCGUCAUGGGUUACGUGCGGAACUGCCUCACCUUCUCCUGUGUCUUGCUCCUCGUCGCAUUCCUCAACUGCCCCAGUAAUGGCGCUAACGACGACGUCGACGACUCCGCCACCGCCGCCUCCUACGUCCUGGUCGCCUGACCGUGUUUGAAGAUUCCAUGCCGUGUGGAUUGUCAGGCCCACAACGAGAUUAUUUGGGCGAGGUCUUGUCACUGUACCAAAAUUGAGUUGACCCACUUAAAUCCAACCUCCUUAUUGUGCCU